AUGUUUGUACAACUAGUGCAAGAACCAUCAGCACAGAAUGGAGGAUAUGAUACACUCGACAAAUAUGAUGAAUUUAAUAAAAUAACAAAUAUGCUAGAUAGGAAUAUUGAUGAAAUAAAAAAAGAGAUUUCUAAUGUACUACUUAGGAAUAUGGAACUCGGAGAACAGUUAGAAAAAAUGCAACGUCGGAACAAGGAACUCGAAAAUCAACCCGAAAAUAAUAGAAUAGAAUCACAAAAAACUAAUGGACAAGAUGUUCCCAAUGUGCUGUUGCUUAAAAAUGAGGAACUAGAAGAACAGUUAAAAGAAAUGCAACGUCGGAACAAGGAACUCGAAAAUAAUAGAAUAGAAUCACAAAAAACUAAUGAACAAGAUAUUCACAAUGUGCUGUUGCUUAAAAAUAAGGAACUAGAAGAACAGUUAAAAGAAAUGCAACGUCGGAACGAGGAACUCGAAUGUCAAGUCGAAAAUCAUAAAAUAGAAUCACAAAAAACUAUUGAACGUUUGGCAAAUGAGGCAUCAAAAUAUCAAUCUGCAUUGGGUAGGGCGACAAGUGUCAGAUUGGGCGAUGACGAUCUCAACAAUAUGUCUCAACUUAGAGAAGACAUCAAGACUUUGAAAAAGAAUCUUGAAUAUUUAUCUGCCGUUAAACCUGCCAAACAUUUCGAUAUUAAUAAAAAAAACGCAUCGAGGCUUUUAAAGCAAUAUGGAUGUACAAACUUUAUAGAUGAUGAUGUACAUUGCAAGUCAUUACUUCAAGCUGCUAUGCAAAGAUAUAUUCUUGAAUCAUCUAUUGAAGAAAUCGGCAAUUAUUUAUCAAGAAACAACCAUCAAGUUUCAGACCUUGAAACGCAGAUUGUUCGAAGCACAGAUACUCUGUUAAAUAUGAUAGGUGGUCUUUCUAAAUAUCGUGAAGGUAGUGAUAAUGUUACUCCAACCUUACCAAUAAAACUUAGACAACAAAUUUAUAGUGUUUUAAGCAAUCGCGGGUUCAAUCGAGUUGUAUCGUCUAAAGGCACUAUUGAACAUUCAUUUAUUAGUAAUCUUCAAGAAAAACUAAUUCUCACGGCGAACCAUUAUCGAAUUGUAAAAAAUCCUACCAAAAUGAUGAUAUUCAGAAGCAUUGCUGCAGAGCUUGCUCGUGAUAUUGUUAAAAUAUUCUUUUUCAGACUGAAAGUUCAAGAACAAAAGGUUGAUUCACCGUUUUGGUUUGAAUGUAAUGCUCCAGUGAAUCCUGAUACUAUGGAAGGUUCAUUUGAUCCCGAAAAUUGUCAAGAUAACGUUGUGCAAAUUUGCGCGUUUCCACUUAUAUGCAUUGAUUUGAAAAAUGAUGAGAAGCGAAAGAUACUUAGUCAAGCAAAUAUUCAUAUAAGAC